UGCUUUCAGUGGACUGUGUUAAAAAUCUCAUUUAGAAAGUUUCCAUCUGGGGGUAGUUUCUUUGAUUAUUAUAACAUGAUUUCUUGGAUUUCUUGCCAGUUCUAAAUGGAUUCUUUGAUUACUACUCUUGAGAGAUUUGAUCUGGGUUUUUCUGGGUUUUCUGUCUGACAUAAAAAUCUAUUUAAAACAUGAGGUUUUGAAUUAGAUUUUUCUUGAAAAAGAGGGGUCUUGGAGGGACUUCCCAUCUAUUCAUUUCAUGCAGAUUUUUGGAGGUUUGAACUGAAAGAAUCUGUAGAUUCGACAUGGGUUUUGUUACUUUUUGUUUAUAAGGAUUUGAGCUCUUUCAAAAGUCAGUUUUCCGAUGAAAAUUGCGUCGAGAAGCAGCAUUUUGGAGAGAUUUCAAUGAAUCUGCCCUGGUUUCUGGUUGGUUUUGUCUGUUAGGUCGCAAUCAGUUGAAAAACUCCGACCUUCGAUCGAAAUCUCGUCGAAAAGUUCGGGUUUUAUUGCCUGUUUGACGGUUUUGAGGGCGAGGAUUAUUGGAAUUUCAUGUUGGUUUUCUCUGUAAGGUUCUUAUAAUGGCGGGAGAGGAUUUGAUUGAGCUUAAAUUCAGGCUUUUCGAUGGGACCGAUAUUGGCCCGAACAAGUACGAUCCUACUACCACCAUAGGAUCUCUCAAAGAAAUCAUUGUAUCUCAAUGGCCGCAAGACAAAGAAAAUGCUCCAAAAACAAUAAAUGAUGUGAAGCUCAUCAAUGCGGGGAAGAUACUUGAGAACGACAAGAUGCUUGUUGAGUCCGGAGUACCAGUUGGAAAGCUUCCUGGGGGAGUCAUCACAAUGCAUGUUGUUGUGCCGCCUCCCUCAUUGCAGAAAAACAAUGAGAAACCGCUAACAGAUUCUGCAAAGAAGAACAGAUGUGCAUGCUCAAUCCUGUGAUGCUACCAAACAGCUUGAUGCCAUUUUCAUCUGAUGCUUUUAUGUCUUUCUGGUUACAGCACAUCCAAUACAAGCUCAAUUUGGAAGCUUAGCUUUUCCAAUUCACAAAUUGGGAAGUGUGUGCAUAAUAAGAUUGGAGGUCUGCAAUUGUAUUUAUGUUAUAAGCACAUGGGCUUCCUACUUGGCAGAACAUCAUGUUUCUUCCUGAUUGUAAUGGAGUCAGGAUACCAAAUUUGAACAGGAUUAAAUGAUGGAGAAUGUCACAGGGGAAUGUGCAUGACCCAGUGGCACAGUGCCUUUUAUCUCAACCAUUGCUUUGGAUGAUGAACAAUUCUUCUCUGUAGGCACUGUAAGUUACGAGAAUAAAAUGUUUCUUUCUGCUA